AUGCAUCGGUUUACGACGCGUGUAAUUGCAUGCAACCCGUCUGAGGAGAAGUCAUCCAACGAAAUAAAACCUUUUAGUGAACUGCCAGGUAACAUCUGUUCUCAUUUAAAUAUUUCUGAGGUGCUGAAAACGUCUAUGUCUAUAAUUUUCUUUGUAUCCUUGACGAUGAGCUGAUAUCGGCACCCGAUUUUCGUCACUUUAAAAUAGUCAUUUAUUGAUAAUUACCAAGUUACAGGAUGUAAACCUAGAUGAUAUCUCUUUUAGAUAACGCUGGCCAGCGUUCACACAAUGUCAUUAACCAGAGAGUAAGCCAAGCUGUUAGACAUCUUAUGGGGCGCGUGCCCUUACUGAUAUAUAAUGAAACGGACGACAAACGGACUGCAACAUUUCUUGCAAUGUUCGUUCACGUUUCGCCAACGGGAACCUUCUGCCGAAGUUUAAACAGACUGUCAUCGAGCGAUAUGGAAAAAUUUGAGUGUCAACUUUCCUUUCCGGCCAUAACGCUGCAGUUUUUUAAAGAGGUCAGUAUAUUCACGCUUAACAUUGCAAACUUAUGGAAGUAAGUGACUAUUUGCCUUUGUGUUUAUUUCAGAUGUUUAUCGCUAUUGGUAAUAAAUAUCGUGUGCCAAUCAAAGACGGAUUUUCCUGUGAUUUAAAGGAAGUUACCGCAAACGCGAUUGUGAUAACACGAUACAUUUCUGACAGCAGUGCAAUCGUCGAGGUGGAAUCCCUUGAAUUUCCCAAUAUUGGCCGUCAUUUUGCGAAGAACCUGACAUGUGAGAUACCAUUGCCCAACUCAAUUUGGCUAGCGGAGGCAACUUCUGAAAUUGGUCAUGCCGUUAGCCAGGCUUUUGCCAACAUUCCCCUUUUACAAUGCAAAAUUGAAGUGGUGAAGGAAGUCUCCGGAGAAGAUUGGACGAGUAUCAAAUGCUGA